CCUGAUCCGGCAUCACAACAUGCACAGCGCCACAGGUCACAAUUCACAAACCUUCCUCUUGCAGAACGCGGUCGUCUUGCUCUCGCAGCAGGCCUCGGUGAGAGGGGGGCGGCGGCGCUCGACGAGGGGCGCGCGCUCGCUCGCGGUGGGGCACGGUCAAGGGCGGCUUCCUCGCCGUAGGGUGCGGUGAGGGGUGGUUCUUCCUCAUCUCGCAGUCUCGGCUCCAGUCCUCUCCGCCACUCGCACAUUUCGUCGAACAUCUUCGCCUCCAUCCCCUCCUACCAAUUCAAUCCACGUCCUCCCAAAACCCUAACCCCCAGCCGCCCGGCGCGCGGCUGCUGCAUCCCCCACCUCAGCGGGCUACGCGGAAGAGCGGUAGCAUCUGGCGAUGGCGUGCUGCUGCCUCCGCGCUAGCACGGCGCCUCGUUUCCUCCUCUUCCGCGCCGCCGCGCGGCGGCCCCCAUUGCCGCUCGCCGUCUCCAGGAAGGGUUUCUCGGAGCAGUCAGUAAUGCCAAUCACAGACAUGAUUGAGAAUUUUCAAGGACCAUCCAUGGAGAACACUCCACGAAUUCCAUUGUAUGAUGAUGGCUUGCCCUCAAGCUUGUUGACAACUUCUCCGGAUCCUAGCAAUAGUGUAGCUCGUGCUGACCCUUCAAAGAGUAGAAUAAUGCUUGUUGAUGGAACCUCAGUGAUGUACAGAUCCUACUACAAGAUAUUGGCACAGCUGCAGCAUGGUCAACUGGAGCAUGCUGAUGGAAAUGGAGACUGGGUUUUAACUAUAUUCAAAGCUCUGUCACUGAUUCUAGAUAUGCUGGAGUUCAUUCCAUCUCAUGCAGCGGUGGUGUUUGACCAUGAUGGAGUCCCAUAUGGUCAUUAUACUGCCAUGCCAUCCAAAGAAUGUCACAUGGCAAAAGGAAUGACUUUCCGGCACAUGUUAUACCCUGCUUACAAGAGUAACCGCACCCCAACACCAGACACCAUUGUCCAGGGCAUGCAAUACUUGAAGGCAUCUAUUAAAGCAAUGUCAAUCAAAGUAAUUGAGGUUCCUGGUGUUGAAGCUGAUGAUGUUAUCGGCACACUAGCUGUCAACAGUGUAUCUGCAGGUUACAAGGUACGAAUUGUCUCCCCAGAUAAAGACUUCUUCCAAAUUCUAUCACCUUCUUUACGUUUGCUGAGAAUUGCUCCACGUGGUUCUGGGAUGGUUUCAUUUGGAGUUGAAGACUUUGUCAAGAGAUAUGGAGCUCUGAAACCAUCACAGUUUGUUGACGUUAUUGCACUUUCAGGAGAUAAAGCUGAUAAUAUACCAGGGGUUGAAGGGAUUGGAGAUAUUAAUGCGGUAAAACUGAUAACUAAGUUCGGCUCCUUGGAGAAUCUGCUGACAUCUGUGGAUGAAGUUGAGGAUGAACGAAUUAAGCAGGCUUUGAUAUCUCAAUCUGAACAGGCAAUGCUUUGCAAAAGCUUGGCCACAUUACGUUCUGACCUUCCAUCUUAUAUGGUUCCUUUCAAGACAUCGGACCUCGUGUUUCAGAAACCAAAGGAUGAUGGAGCCAAAUUCGUAAAGCUCUUGCGAGCUUUGGAAGCAUAUGCAGAAGGCUCCUCAGCAGACCCAAUUAUAAGAAGAGCCGCCUAUCUUUGGAACAAACUUAACUCGUGACGAUGUUGAUGUUUUCCAGUAGUAACAACACACGAACUUCUCAAGCACAAAAGAUAGCCUGAGAACAUAGGUGACUUGGUCUUGGUGCCAUGCUUCUGUCAAAUUUGGUGCGAGCGGUUCGCAGUGCCCUUUCUGGCACAAAA